CCUCCCUCGCCUCCUCCUAAAAAUCUCCCUUACAGUAUCUAUGAGCAUGAAUUCCAUAUAUUUCUACAGAAUUUGUGUAUGUAUAUUGACAUAAACUGAAAUGGAGACAAAAGAGAAGAAACAGCGACAUGUAAUAUGCAUGGUAUCAGACUUUUUCUACCCUAAUGUGGGUGGUGUAGAGGAACAUAUUUUCCAGUUGUCACAGUGUCUUCUUGGACGUGGCCAUAAGGUCAUUGUCCUUACCCAUGUGUAUGGCAACCGGAGGGGAGUCAGACACAUGACUAAUGGUCUCAAGGUGUACUACUUACCCAUUCAGCCAUUCUACAGUCAGUCAGUGCUUCCAACCUUCAUCACAAGCAUUCCACUUUUACGAAAUAUAUUUGUGCGCGAGAGGGUUACUAUUGUUCAUGGACAUUCAGCCUUUUCAACAAUGGCACAUGAAGCCAUGAAUUUAGCAAGAGCAAUGGGACUGAAGAGUGUGUUUACAGAUCAUUCACUCUUUGGUUUUGCUGACAUGUCUGCAAUAGUGACAAAUAACUUCCUGGCCAUAUCUUUAGCCGAUGUUAAUCACUGCAUAUGCGUUUCAUAUGUUGGGAAAGAGAAUACAGUCUUGCGAGCUAAUGUGGACCAAGAAAAGGUUUCGGUCAUUCCCAAUGCCCUCGACACUCAGGUUUUCAUGCCAGAUCCAGACCAAAGACCCAAAGAUAAAAUUAAUGUGAUUGUGAUGAGUCGUCUUCAGUACAGAAAAGGAGUGGAUCUCCAGCCAGAAAUAAUAAGACGCAUAUGUUCCCAGUAUCCGCAGGUGAACUUUAUCAUCGGUGGGGAUGGACCCAAGCGAAGUAUACUGGAGGAGGUGCGAGACGAAGUUGGUAGUGAUCGUCUGGAACUGCUUGGCGCUGUACCCCAUGCCAACGUCCAUGGAGUCCUAGUAAACGGGCACAUAUUUCUGAACACUUCCUUGACCGAGGCCUUUUGCAUAGCCAUCUGUGAGGCUGUGUGCUCAGGUUUGCAGGUAGUGAGCACGAAUGUCGGGGGCAUUCCCGAAGUUCUCCCAUCCCACCUCAUUCUCCUUGCUCACCCUAAUGUGGACAGUUUAACUCAGAUUUUAGAUGUAGCCAUUCAAAGAGAAAUAACCGGGAGAAGAAUUGACCCCUGGGCAAUGCACAGAGAAAUGCGCAACUUGUACACAUGGCCAGACGUAGCAAGAC